ACUUCCAGACAAAAAUGAUAACACCUCACUCUGACCAUUUCACUCGCCCUAGCAGAGCUGGUUAGGCUGUUUUCAUUUUAUCUAGAGCAUUGGUGACUGAAACUGUGCUGCUGUCAACAAUUUACGCGUUUUUGCCGACGUUUGUUUUACAAAUGUUUGAUGACACCGGCCAUAUUCAACGCGCGUUGAUCGUUCGUAAAUCCCUCAGUUAUUCUGCGCUCUGGCACACAGACAAGAGCGCUCUGAAAUCGGAGUAGAUGGCCAGUGCGAAUAUAUGAACGCACCGCUUGUCUCAUUCAUGGCUGAAUGAAUCAAGUUGCAAUUGUGUACUUACUUUAAAAUGCUGGCGAAGAUGGAGGAAAACAACCAGUCGAGAGAGGCAGGAUUGAAGAGGAAGUAUCCUGAAGAUAGAGAGAGAAUGAGAGGAGGAGAAGCGGGAGAAAGAGGAGAAGAUGAAAAGAAAAAUAGAGGAAUAGAAGCAGGUGAACGAGGAGAAGAUGGAGAGAGAAAGAGAGGAGGAGCGGGUGGAAGAGGAAGUAGGGAUGGAGGAGUUGCCAGGAAGCGUCUAGAUGCCUUGAGUGUGGGCUACUUCCGCAGAGUGGGAGAGAGACUCAGCGAAGGCUUCACAGAGGACGAGGAGAGAGUUCUCUUUGUGGAGAACGUGUUGACGGAGGUCAAAGGGCAGGCCGCCCUGGUUGCCAUGGAUGUGACAGGAAGUGUCACCCUCCAGCGGCUGCUCCCAUUGGCUAGCCCCGGCCAGGUGGGGGAGGUGCUGGCUGAGCUUGGCGGAGAAUCGGGGUCAGAUUUCAAGAGGGUGUCAUGUGACAAAUGUGGGGGUCAUGUCGUGGAGAGCGCCCUCAGACAGAUGCCCAGAUGGAGAGAAAAGAGCUCAUCGGAGGAGGACAAGUCAGCUACCACAGAUGGAGAUUCAGAGAUGGAAGGGGAGGAUUGUGGGAUACUAGAGGCCCAGGUUCUGUCCCUGUGUCACGUGGUGAUGGAGCACUGUGCAGAGUUCAUCAGACACACACAUGGCUCCCACGUGGCCCGCACGCUCAUACAUGUACUGGCAGGCUGCCUCGGUCCAGCCCGCACCGACACAGCACGCCCAGGUGUAAAGGACAGGAAUGUCACCACUCAGCUGACAUACUUUGAGACGCCCACAUCAUUUUGGUGGGAACUAAAAACACUGUCUACCUCCUUGAUGGACAAUGUCAAUGUGUGUGUGACGGAUGCAGUGGCUAGUACAGUGUUCCAGACCAUGUUGACGGUGUGUCACAGAAACCGACCCAAGCUCUGCAAGCUGCUCACCAAAGGUAUCGUGGAGUACCUGACAUCACUCAGCUCUGCUCCUGGAGUCAGUCCUCUCUUGGUCUUUCUGAAGGAUCAAGCCUCUAGUCGGCUAAUUGAAAUAGUCCUCCAGUUAUCCCACAAGGCCUUGCUCCGGGACCUCUAUAAGAACCACCUCCAGGGUCAGCUGGUCACCCUGGCCAUCCAUCCAAUCGCCAACUUCCCCAUACAGAGACUGACAGCAGCCUCCACCAAUUACAAAGUGUUCCUGAAGGUGUUUGAUGAGCUAGCCGAUGGUUUGGAGGCCAUCUUGGCAGCAGGUCACAUGGGUGUGAUCGUCCAGCUGACAGACAGCUGUGCAGAGCGGGAGGAGAAACAGGGAGAGAUGAUGCAACGCCUCCUUAAUGCUUUUCACUGUGCUGAACCUGCCUCUCGACACACCGCCUGCCUGCCUCUUUUCCUAUCCCUGCUCACACACGAGGUGUACUACAGCUCAGAGACAGCAGAGGGCGACACACAAACGGAGCGCCCCCUAUCCUCUAUCUGUUACCAUGGUUCCCGUCUGGUCCAGUCACUGGCCAAGUUCAAAGACCGCUCCCUGCUCCUAAACAGCCUACGCUCUCUGACCCCUGCUGACCACCUGACCCUGGGAACCGACCAAUCAGGCAGCCACGUUCUGCAGCUCCUGGUGACAUCCUCCAGCGAUAAGGGGAGGGGAAAGAUCCUGAGGAGACUGGAGGGCCAGUAUGUCCAAAUGGCCUGCUCCAGGUAUGGCAGCCGUGUGUUGGAGGCAAUCUGGAACAGCGCCACUGUCCCCCAGAGACAGAGCAUUGCUAAGGAAUUAGUGCCUUGUGAGACACAGCUUAGAUCAGGCCAGUUUGCUCGUCACGUUUGGGCCAAAUUUGCCCUGACCCACUUUGUGAAGAGGCGGACCCAGUGGCAGGAAGUGCAGACGGGCGAAUCAAAGAAAAGGAAGCUCUUUAGUGACAUUCUGGAGUGAGAAGAUGAGAUGGUUCUGGGAAUUGUCUUCUAUGGGAUUUCUAUGUGAUUUUUCUACAUGAUCAAAUAAAAAAGUGUUAAAUCA